UUAGUGUGCACAAGCAAACGAGGAGCGUCUCUGGGAAUUGGAUUAUUCUCCACACAAAAGUCAUCUCACUGGUGCUGAAAACUUGKCCAACUUGUUAACAAAGGAUGUCUGCAGAACAAAAGGAAGCUGACCUCUCCUCGUCUCGUAUUUACCAUAAGACAAAAUUUGACAGUCUUCUWAAGAAGAUUGGAGAGUUUGGAAAAUUCCAGAAAAUUCARUGGUUCUUACUCUUCCUGGCCAUUAUACCACAGUCCUGGUAUACAUAUGCACCAGCCUUUGCUGUUAGGAAAGUUAAGGCUGAUCAGAUGUCAUGUGGUAAUAAUGGYAAUAUCUCAGGAAAAGCUGUUUGUGAGAUAUGGCAUAAUAAGACUUAYUGUGGGGAUGUGAAAUACCAAACAGACUUCACAUCUGUCGCUACUGAUUGGGACAUUAUCUGUGAAGAUGCCAAGGCAUACAUACCUCUUACUAAGACCAUCUUCUACGCUGGUAAACUAGUUGGUGCUUAUCUCUUUGGAUGGAUAUCUGACCGAUAUGGCAGGCGUGUCACACUUUUGUCUACCAUGUUUAUCCAGUUUUUGGCUUCAUUGAUUCAAAGCUUUUCUGUCAAUUUCACCAUGUAUGUGAUCUUGAGGGUUCCUCUUGGYGUGUGCAGUGGAGGGACUCUGAUAGCUGCCUUUGCUCUGAUGGCAGAGAUGGUAGUACCAGACAAGCGCAACUGGGCCAACACCCUAGUCCAAUCAUCUUAUGGUGUUGGUAUUGCAAUACAGGCCCUUCUUGCAUAUCUUGUYCGAGAAUGGAAACCYUUCAGCCUGACCAUUACCAUCCCAAAUGUGUUGUUUGUGCUAUAUUUCUGUUAUGUCCCUGAAUCACCAAGAUGGCUCGCUGCUCGUGGUAGAUUUGAUGAGGCAAAGAAGAUCCUUUGCAAGAUYGCUAAGACAAAYGGGCAUGAGUGUGAUGAUGGUGAUUUUAAUCUCCUUGUUGAAAGUGAAAAGAAGAAGGAAGCUGACAACAAGAAGACAUAUUACCUGUGGCAUCUGUUCAGCACUAGAUAUCUGUUCAAAAUAACAGUGAUUGAAGGAUGGUCAUGGCUUGUCGUCAGUGGUGUGUAUUAUGGACUGAGCUUCAAUUCAGGAAAUCUUUCUGGGGACUUUUAUCUGAACUUUGCGGCAUCUGGUCUGGUUGAAAUUCCAGCAUACAUCAUAGCUGGAUACCUGGUAGACAGGAUUAAUCGUCGCAUACCUUUAAUGGUUUAUUAUAUUUCUGGUGGUAUUGCAUUGCUGUGCAUCAUACCGAUACAAGCUUUAGGAAAGCAUGAAGAGCUCUCAGUGGUGGUGAUGGUGCUUGCUUUGAUUGGAAAAUUUUUCAUCUCUGCUGCUUAUUACCAAGUGUACAUCCAUGCUGCUGAACUGUACCCUACUGUCAUAAGGUCUGCUGGUGUUGGGUUUGCUUCACUUUGCGGUCGUAUUGGUGGGAUGGCUGCUCCUUAUGUCGCGGAUAGUACACCUCUUCUCGCACCAGCAAUCAUUUUUGGAGGCGCUUCAAUGUCUGCUGGUAUCAUCACAUUCUUUCUGCCAGAAACACGUGGUAAACCAUUACCAGAUCACAUUGAUGAUGACGCGCCAACGGGCGAAGCCAUAAACAUUGAUCCAAAAGAUGAAGACAACAACACAAAGUUGUAAAAAUAGAGUAGACAGGUAAUUAACCCGUUUYGCUAUGACGUUACGGGAUGUUUCCAUGGGGAACACGAUCAUCUCCUCUUCUAAAGAGGAGAAUUUUCCGAUUAUGUGUGGACGACUGAUUGACGCAUCUGUAUAGAGUUUUGUUGUCAGUCGUCUCUUCUAUAUUCAUUAAAUGCUAUAUUAGUGUGUUU